AUGACCCAGGGGGGCGCCAAAAGAACCGCCUCCCCCACUCGGCCCAUCUCCCCGCCUCCGCUCCGGCGGAAACUCGAGUCAACCGUGAACAGGAAUUUCUUCACCCCCGCUUCGCAGAAGAAGUCGGCCCCGGCUCCGGUCACCUGGCGCGUUCUCGGCGCCGGUGUCAUUAUCGGGAAACAUGCACCCGAGAAUUAUGAAGGGGUGGCUUUGCCGGAGAAGAAUCGGAGGGUAGCUGCUUUUGAUCUGGAUUCAACGUUGAUCAAGACUGCGUCUGGAAAUGUCUUUCCCAAAAACGCAGACGAUUGGAAAUGGUUCGAUGCGUGUGUUCCAAAUGAAAUCGGGAGACUGAGCAAAGAAGGCUACCAAAUCGUCAUCUUCUCCAACCAAAAGAAAAUCAGCCUGAAAAAAGACAUCAAAGGCGCAAAUGGUGACUCAAAGAGUCUAUCAACCUUCAAAGAAAAGCUAUCACGCAUCAUGAAACAAUUGGAGGUUCCGAUGAGCGUCUACGCGGCGACUGGUGAUGCAGAGCAUCGUAAGCCUCGUCCGGGGAUGUGGAAGGAAUUUCUCGAGGACUAUGACCUUGAUGUUAAAGGGGUUGAUUUGGUGAAUUCGUUUUACAUUGGGGAUGCGGCUGGGAGACCUGGGGAUUUCUCUGCGACAGAUCGGGGGUUUGCGACUAAUAUCGGUAUCCCAUUCAAGACCCCGGAGGAGUUCUUCUUACAUAUGAAGCCGGUUGAGCCGAAGGAACUCUUUGAGCCGACCGCGUUUUUCAAGGAGGGUAAUGUGCCUGAGCCUGCAUUCACCCGCAAAUACCCUCUCGAACUAGUCAUCUUCUGCGGAAGCCCUGGAUCCGGAAAAUCAACCUAUUUCUGGAACCACCUCGAACCACUCGGCUACGAACGUGUCAAUCAGGACUUGCUGAAGACGCGCCCAAAAUGCCUAAAAGUCGCCCGUGAACUCCUCGAGGCCAAGAAAUCCGUGGUUGUCGACAACACAAACGCAAACACCGAAACAAGAGCCUACUGGAUAACCCUCGCAAAAGACCUAAACGUUCCAAUCAGAUGCAUCCACUUCCUCUCCCCGCUGGAAAUAUGCAAACAUAACGCCGCAGUUCGGGCGGCUACUAAAGAACUUAACCCCGAAUCAAGAGAACCACUCCCCGGCAUUGCAUUCGGCGAUUUCAAGCGCAGAUAUAACCCGCCUGAAAUGAAGGAGGGUUUUGAGGAUAUUUUGGAGGUGGAGUUUCGGUUUGAGGGCGACGAGGAGGCGAGGAGGGUUUGGGGGCAGUACUGGAUUUAG